CCCGCUGGGCCGGCCGGAUGAGUCGGGCUGGGCGCGAUUGCAUUGUGGGGAGGGAGGCCGGGACUCUGCUGGGACGCACUCCUGGCACCGCCAGCUGCUCCUUGGCUGCUGCCGCGGUCUGCCCAGGACAAUGCCCUCCACAGCCGCCUUGUGCCCGUCACCACUGCCCUGGGGCAGCUGAACUGAGGAGAUGUGCCUCCCUCCGUGCCACGCCGCCCAGGAGACCCCUCUGCUGCUCCCCUUCGUGGUGGCCCCCGCCAUGGCUCCUGGGCCUCCUUCCGGCGCCCGCCUGCUCGUGCUGCUGCUGCUGCUGCUGCUGUGCCCACCGCACCCCACUCAGGCCCAUCGCUUCUCUGCGCCCAACACCACCUUCAACCGCCUGGCGCUGGCACCGGGCCGCGGCACGCUCUACGUGGGUGCCGUGAACCGCCUCUUCCAGCUCAGCCCCGUGCUGCAGCUCGAGGCAGUGGCUGUCACCGGCCCUGUCUUCGACAGUCCCGACUGCGUGCCUUUCCGUGACCCGGCCGAAUGCCCGCAGGCCCGGCUCACGGACAACGCCAACCAGCUGCUGCUGGUGAGCAGCAGGGCGCAGGAACUGGUGGCCUGCGGGCAGGUGCGGCAGGGCGUGUGCGAGAAGCGGCGCCUCGGGGACGUGGCCGAGGUGCUGUACCAGGCCGAGGACCCCGGCGACGGGCAGUUCGUGGCCGCCAAUGCCCUGGGGGUGGCCACGGUGGGCCUGGUGGUGCCCACACCAGGCCGGGACCUCCUGCUGGUGGCCAGAGGCCUGGCAGGAAAGCUGUCGGGAGGGGUGCCGCCCCUGACCGUGCGCCAGCUGGCCGGGCCGCAGCCCUUCUCCAGCGAGGGCCUGGGCCGCCUCGUGGUGGGCGACUUCUCUGACUACAACAACAGCUACGUGGGCGCCUUCGCCGAUGGCCACUCCGCCUACUUCGUCUUCCGCCGCCGCGGGGCCCGGGCGCAGGCCGAGUACCGCUCCUACGUGGCCCGAGUCUGUCUUGGGGAUGUCAACCUUUACUCCUAUGUGGAGGUACCCCUCGCCUGCCGGGGCCAGGGCCUCGUCCAGGCUGCCUUCCUUGCCCCGGGCACCUUGCUAGGGGCCUUUGCCGCGGGCCCGAGGGGGGCCCAGGCGGCCCUGUGCGCCUUUCCCCUGGCAGAGCUGGACGGGAGCAUGGAGCAGGCCCGGCGCCUCUGCUACACAGCCGGUGGCCGGGGCCCCAGCGGCACGGAGGAAGCCACCGUGGAGUACGGAGUCACAUCGCGCUGCGUCACCCUGCCCCCUGACUCCCCCGAGUCGUACCCCUGUGGCGAUGAGCACACCCCCAGCCCCAUCGCUGGCCGCCAGCCCCUGGAGGCUGAGCCUCUGCUGCAGCUCGGGCAGCCCGUCAGCGCCGUCACAGCCCUCCAGGCGGAUGGGCAUACGAUAGCCUUCCUGGGGGACACCCAAGGCCAGCUGCAUAAGGUCUUUCUCAAUGGCUCUCAAGGCCAGGUGUACCACUCCCAGCAAGUGGGGCCUCCAGGCUCAGCCAUCAGCCCGGACCUGCUGGUGGACAGCAGCGGCAGCCACCUCUAUGUCCUCACCGCCCAGCAGGUGGACCGGGUAUCAGUGGCAGCCUGCCCCCAGUUCCCUGACUGCACCAGCUGCCUCCAAGCCCGGGACCCGCUGUGCGGCUGGUGCACCCUCCAGGGCAGGUGUACCCGCAAGGGCCAAUGCGGGCGGGCAUCCCAGCCAAACCAGUGGCUGUGGAGCUAUGAGGAGGACAGCCACUGCCUGCACGUCCAGAGCCUGCUGCCGGCCCACCACCCCCGCCAAGAGCAGGGCCAGGUCACCUUGUCUGUCCCCCGGCUGCCCACCCUGACCAUGGAUGAAUACUUCCAUUGUGCCUUUGGGGACUAUGAUAGCUUGGCUCAUGUGGAAGGGCCCCACGUGGCCUGUGUCACCCCUCCCCAAGACCAGCUGCCGCUUAACCCUCCAGGCACAGACCAUGUCACCUUGCCCCUGGCCCUGAUGUUUGAGGAUGUGGCCGUAGCUGUCACCAACUUCUCCUUCUACGACUGCAGUGCCGUGCAGGCCUUGGAGGUGGCUGCCCCGUGUCGUGCUUGUGUGAGCAGCCUCUGGCGGUGCCACUGGUGCCCCCAGAGCAGCCGCUGUGUGCACGGGGAGCACUGCCCGGAGGGUGAGAGGACCAUCUACAGUGCCCAGGAGGUGGACGUCCAGGUGCGUGGCCCAGGGGCUUGUCCCUGGGUCGAAGGCCUAGCAGGUCCCCUCCUGGUGCCUGUGGGUUGGGAGAGCCGUUUGGCCCUGCGUGUGUGGAACCUUCAACACUUCCGAGGCCUGCCUGCCUCCUACCACUGCUGGCUGGAACUACCAGGAGAACUGCAGAGGCUGCCAGCCUCCCUGGAAGAGAUGCCUGGAGAUGCGGGCCUCAUCUACUGCCAGGCCCAGCAGUUUCACCCCUCCAUGGCCCAGCGGGAGCUCCCGGUGCCCAUCUAUGUCACCCGGGGUGAAGGCCAGCGGCUGGACAAUGCCCGCACUCUUCAUGUGACCCUGUAUGACUGCGCUGUGGGCCACCCCGACUGUAGCCACUGCCAGGCAGCCAACGGAAGCCUGGGCUGCUUAUGGUGCAGCCAUGGCCAGCCCACCUGUCGCUACGGGCCACUGUGCCCACCUGAGGCUGUGGAGCUGCUGUGUCCCACGCCCAGCAUUGACAUGAUUGAGCCCCUGACUGGCCCCCCUGAGGGUGGCUUGGCCCUCACCAUCCUGGGCUCCAACCUGGGCCGGGACUUUGCCGAUGUACGGGAUGCCGUGAGCGUGGCUGGCCGGCCCUGCAGCCCCAACCCCUCUCUCUACCGCACCUCUGCCCGGAUUGUGUGUGUGACAUCUCCCGCCCCCGACGGCACUGUGGGGCCAAUCCAAGUGGCCAUUAAGAGUCGGCCACCAGGCAUCUCAACCCAGCACUUCACCUACCAGGACCCUGUCCUGCUGAGCCUGAAUCCCCAGUGGGGCCCCCAGGCUGGGGGCACCCAGCUCACCAUCCACGGACAGCACCUCCAGACAGGAGGCAAUGUCAGCGCCUUUGUGGGAGGCCAGCCCUGUCCUAUCCAGGAGCCAGUUUGUCCUGAGGCCAUUGUGUGCCACACUGCGCCCCAGGCCAGCCCAGGAGAAGCUGUGGUACGCGUGGUCUUCGGCCAUGCCCAGCGCACGCUGCUCACCAGCCCCUUCCGCUACACUGCCAACCCCCAGCUCUUGGGGGCAGAGCCCAGCGUCAGCUUCCGGGGGGGCGGGCGGCUCAUCCGAGUAAGGGGCACAGGCCUGAACGUGGUGCAGCAGCCCCUGCUGUCCGUGUGGCUGGAGACCGUGGCGGAGGUGCAGGCUGCAGGGGCCCAGCCCUGGGACCUGACACCAAGGAGGAGCUGCGGGGCCUCUGCUGCAGCCCCCCAGGCUUGUAUCCAGCUCGAGGGGGGCUUGCUGCAGUGCUCCACCGUCUGCUCCGCCAACUCGUCCAGUCUCCUUCUGUGCUGGAGCCCCGCCGUGCCGGAUGGGGCACACCCCCGGCGGGUCUUCUUCACCCUAGACAAUGUGCAUGUGGACUUCGCCAGCGCCAACGGGGGCCAGGACUUUGUGUACCAGCCCAACCCCCGCCUGGCCCCCCUCAGUCGCGAGGGGCCCACCCGCCCCUACCGCCUCAAGCCGGGCAAUGUCCUGGACGUGGAGGGUGAGGGCCUCAACCUGGGGAUCAGCAAGGAAGAGGUGCGCGUGUACAUCGGCGACAGCGAGUGCCUGGUGAAGACGCUCACACUCACCCACCUGUACUGCGAGCCACCACCGCGGGCCCCACAGCCUGCCAACAGCUCCAGCACCCUGCCACAGUUCGUGGUGCAGAUGGGCAACGUGCGGCUGGCCCUGGGCCCUGUCCGGUACGAGGCCGAGCCUGCACUGUCUGCCUUCCCCGUGGAGGCUCAGGUGGGCCUUGGCGUGGGCGCUGCCGUGCUGACCGCCGCUGUGCUCCUCCUCACCCUCAUGUACAGGCACAAGAGCAAGCAGGCUCUGCGGGACUACCAGAAGGUUCUGGUGCAGCUGGAGAACCUGGAGAUUGGCGUGGGUGACCAGUGCCGCAAGGAGUUCACAGACCUGAUGACCGAGAUGACCGACCUCAGCAGCGACCUGGAGGCCAGCGGGAUCCCCUUCCUGGACUACCGCACAUAUGCCGAGCGUGUCUUCUUUCCUGGGCAUGGCGGCUGCCCACUGCAGCCCAUGCUUGAGGGGCCCGGGGAAGAGAGCCACCGUGCCCCCAUGCGCCAGGGCCUCACACAGCUCUCCAACCUGCUCAACAGCAAGCUCUUCCUCCUCACACUCAUCCACACCCUGGAGGAGCAGCCCAGCUUCUCUCAGCGGGACCGCUGCCACGUGGCUUCACUGCUGUCCCUGGCGCUGCACAGUAAGCUUGAGUACCUGACCGACAUCAUGAGGACGCUGCUCGGCGACCUGGCCACCCAUUACGUGCACAAGAACCCAAAGCUCAUGCUGCGCAGGACGGAGACCAUGGUGGAGAAGCUGCUCACCAACUGGCUGUCCAUCUGUCUCUACGCCUUCCUGAGGGAGGUGGCUGGUGAGCCGCUGUACAUGCUCCUCCGGGCUAUUCAGUACCAGGUGGACAAGGGGCCUGUGGAUGCCGUGACAGGCAAAGCGAAACGGACCCUGAACAACAGCCGCCUGCUGCGGGAGGACGUGGAGUUCCGGCCCCUGACGCUGAUGGUGCUGGUGGGCCCCGGGGCCAGUGGGGCCCCAGGGGGCAGCACGGCACAGCGCGUGCCAGCCCGAGUCCUCGACACAGACACCAUCACCCAGGUCAAGGAGAAGGUGUUGGACCAAGUCUACAAAGGCACCCCGUUCUCCCAGAGGCCCUCAGUGCAUGCCCUAGAUCUUGAGUGGCGGUCAGGCCUGGCUGGUCACCUAACCCUGUCAGACGAGGACCUGACCUCGGUGACCCAGAACCACUGGAAGAGACUCAACACCUUGCAGCACUACAAGGUCCCAGACGGAGCCACAGUGGGGCUCAUCCCCCAGUUGCACAAUGGAGGCGCCGUCUCCCAGAGCUUGGCCCAGAGCUGCCCCUCGCGGGAGAACAUCCCAAUGGCAGAGGACGGUGAGGAGGGUGGGGUCCGCCUCUGGCACCUGGUGAAAGCCACCGAGGAGCCAGAAGGGGCCAAGGUGCGGCGCGGCAGCCUGCGGGAGCGGGAACGGGAGCGGGCGCGGGCCAAGGCCAUUCCAGAAAUCUACCUCACCCGCCUGCUCUCCAUGAAGGGCACACUACAGAAGUUUGUGGAUGACACCUUCCAGGCCAUCCUCAGCGUGAACCGGCCCGUGCCCAUCGCUGUCAAGUACCUGUUUGACUUCCUGGAUGAGCUGGCAGAGAAGCACGGCAUCGAGGACCCGGAGACCUUGCACAUCUGGAAGACUAACAGCCUGCUGUUGCGGUUCUGGGUGAAUACCCUGAAGAACCCACAGCUCAUAUUUGACGUGCGGGUGUCGGACAACGUGGAUGCCAUCCUCGCCGUCAUCGCCCAGACCUUCAUUGACUCUUGCACUGUCUCAGAGCAUAAAGUGGGCCGGGAUUCCCCGGUGAACAAACUGCUCUACGCCCGGGAGAUCCCCCGCUACAAGCAGAUGGUGGAGAGAUACUACUCCGACAUUCGCCAGAGCUCUCCGGCAAGCUACCAGGAGAUGAACUCAGCUCUGGCUGAGCUCUCUGGGAACUACGCCUCUGCUCCGCACUGCCUGGAAGCUCUGAGAGAGCUCUACAAACACAUCCACAGGUAUUACGACCAGAUCAUCAGCGCCCUGGAGGGAGACCCUGUAGGCCAGAAGACGCAGCUGGCCUGCCGCCUGCAGCAGAUCGCCGCCCUGGUGGAGAACAAGGUGACCGACCUGUGAGCUCAGGCCACAACAGGUGCCUGAGGGCCAGCUGGGAGAGCAGCAAGCAGGACCCACCACCGCAGUGCCUUAUGAUCCCUGGAUCGCGCCAGCGCUGAGGAGGGGCCAGCGGGGGCGGGGGAGGGGGGCCAAGGGGCACAGCCAGGUGCUGUGCCCGCCAGGGGGCUCCCUGCUGCCUCUACCCCCGCCCCCCCGCCCUUCCUUCCCCCACCUGGGCUUCUUUCUAAUUUAUAGCCAUCCUGACCUCUUCCCCCUCCCCCACUGUAUUUAUUUGCUUGCUGGAGAAUCACAUCUGGAAAUAAAAUAGAAAUCCGCCUUUUCAGAAAAA